AUGACCGGAAACCUCGUCCUGCUAACCGGUGCCACCGGCAUGAUCGGCUUCAAAACCCUCGUCGAGCUCCUCGAGAGCGGAUACACGGUCCGCGCGGCCGUCCGCAACCAGGCCGGCUUCGACAGGAUCUCCUCCCUGCCCCCGGUGCAAAAAUACAAGCCGCAGCUCACCAGCUUCAUCGUUCCGGACAUUACCGUCCCGGGGGCGUACGACGAAGCCGUCAAGGGAGCCGAGUACAUUGUGCACGCUGCGUCCCCGAUACCCGCCGCCGUCAUCGGACCACAAGCCCACGGGGCGUGCCUCAUCCGGCCCGCCGUCCAAGGCACCGUGGGGAUACUCGAGUCGGCUCUCAGGACGACGGGGACCCGACGCGUCGUCAUCACGGCCAGCGUGGUGUCGAUUGUGAGCCCCGCGCGACUCGCCGCCGGUAAAGUCAUCGACGGCAAGUCGCACCCCGUGCUUGAUGCCUGUCCCCAAAACACGUUCGACGUCGCGACGGAGCCCCCGUUCGCGGACGACUUCGCCGCCUACGCCGCCUCCAAGGCGCUUGCGUACCGAGCGACCAAGGACUUUGUCGCCGCCAACAACCCGCCGUUUGACGUCGUCAACAUCAUGCCCAUAUACGUCUUUGGCCGCGACGAGACCGUCACGGAAGCAAGUUCCAUCGCCAAGGGAAGCAACAGCCUUAUCAUGGGCCCGCUCCUCGGCCACGCGCGCGACCGCCUCGUCAGCGGGGAGGGCGUGCACGUCGACGACGUGGCAAGGAUGCACGUGUUGGCCCUGGAUCCCCAAGUCGCCGGGAAUCAGGAUUUUCUGGCUGCCUCGCCGGGCCUCGGGGGAGUCGACUGGACAGAGACGUUUGAGAUUGUCAAGCGGCGCUAUCCAAAGGAGUACGCGGACGGCGUGUUCAAUUUCGACGGCGUCGCAGACCAGGCCACCCCGUCGCCUCCGGCCAGGGUGGACAGUGCCAAGGCGACGAGGGUCCUGGGGAUCCAGUUCAAGACGUUUGAGGAGCAGGUUGUUUCUGUCGUCGACCACUUCCUGGAGCUCACGGGCAGGAAGUAG